GAAAGAUAGCACCCUGAUCAUGAUGGUUGCGAUGCUCGCGACGAACCUCGGGCAGGCGGAGGAGGAGACGACAGCAGGGCGGCUGCCAUGGAAUCUAGCCUCUGCAUGCAUACAAAGGACACAAGGAAGCGGUGGGCUGCGUUUACGUGGAGGUAUGGGUACCAGGAUGAGAGCGUUUGAGUUGGCAAAGAAAGCAAACCUGACAGAUAAAGAUGCAGAAGAUGAAUGGUACAAUGCGCUGGAUGAGAAUCAGACGGAGACACCUUGGUAUUAUCCGUUCUACGACGAUGUCCGCGACGAAAAUGGUCCCUGGUUGCCUGCAAGAAAUAUAAGUGAGGAAACGAUUGAUCCCGAACUGAGAAGGCAUCCCAACGAGACGAUAGAGGAAGCGUUCGAGAGGAUACUUUUGUUCGAUGAUGAGAACAAAACAGCCCUCAACCUACAUUAUCUUAAGUCAGCUGCUUGUGUUGAUGAUUACAAGGGAGUGAAAAAGAUUAUCGAAGAAGAAGGCAUUGAUGUCAAUGCUGAAAUUGAAGAAGCGAGCCUAGAGAAGGCGAUACACUUUGCUGCAUGGUGUGGUAACAUUAAAACUGUCGAAGUCCUAUUGGAACUUGGAGCUGAUGUGAAUGCGAAGAAUUGUUUCAACCAAACUGCACUGCACAGAGCCGCCUUUAGCGGCUUUCAGCAGCUCUGUGAAUUUCUUGUCCAGAGGGGAGCAGACCCUCUUACACCCGACAGCUGGGACUUUUCUCCGCCUGAGUGGGCCGCUGCAAAUUUCAAGAAUUGGACUUGCCAGUGGUUCUAUGCUAAAUUCAUCUCAAAUGAGACUUUCCCCAAGGGACCUCCGCCUCAUUAUGGUUUGAAGAUGAAUGAAGGGUUUGAGUACUUCAAUGUGUAAGGACUUCGAUGAAGAGUUCACCUGAGCUGAACCAUUGCCAUUCUUAUGUUUGUUGGUAGCCACCAGGACGAUGAAACUGGCGAGCCGAUCGUAAAUUAUCUGAAUCUGGUAGACGACCCCAAUCCAGUCUACAAUUUUACAGACAUGAUUGAGAGAGGAGAAAAAGCCUACGAGAUGAUUGACGAGGCCAAGGCUUCUUAUCUAGAGUCGCAGGCGGCACGUUUGGAGAACCGAAGGAUCGUCAAGGACGCAGGGAACAAAUCGACAGGAGGCGCAGGGAGAUUCUCAACAGAAGUGAGGCUCCAUUGCAGGAUUUCUACGAAGCAGGGAAGUAUGAUGACGAGAAUCAGCCCCUCUCGAGCACGGACAACGAGUCGCACAACACAGAUGAUGACUUCUCUUCUACACUGUGAUAAACGUCUUGGAGGCAUCGGCCUCCAGUGCGGGGUUGGAGUGAAGAUCACUUCAAGUCCGGAUGUAUGAAA